ACCCUAGUUUGCAGUUGUGGUGUUCCAAUACUCUCCCCCUGCUGUUUUUCUCCCUCUCAGCCGCCGGCAUCCGCCCACACAAUCAGCAAUGGCAUCCACCGGAAAGAAGACGAAGAAGACCCAUGAGAACAUCAACAGCAGGCUGGCUUUGGUGAUGAAGAGUGGAAAGUAUUCUCUUGGUUACAAGACUGUGCUGAAGACUCUUAGGAGCUCUAAGGGGAAGCUCAUUUUGAUCUCCAACAACUGCCCACCGUUGAGGAAGUCUGAGAUCGAGUACUAUGCUAUGCUUGCCAAGGUUGGAGUUCACCACUACAACGGAAACAAUGUUGAUCUGGGAACAGCUUGCGGGAAGUAUUUCAGAGUAUCGUGCCUCAGCAUCAUAGACCCUGGUGAUUCGGACAUCAUCAAGUCUCUGCCGUCAGAUCAGUGAGAUUCUCCGUUACAAGACAUCUGAAGUUGAAUUUAAGAACUUUUAAGUUUGUCAGAAUCUUUUGACUGUCUCGAGGGUAUUCUAUUAUGUCGACUAUUAGAAAUUUUGUAAUUUUAAUGAUGCACGUGUAUUAGAUCCAAAUUUUAACUUUGCCAGUUUUGUUCUGUAGUUUUUCAUUUGGUCAUGCAAUUUCUCAUAUGAUCUACCUUUAUUGUACUGUGGUCUUUGAUUACUUGGAGCUGUGAUCAGGUGUUAUUAGUUGCAAGCAAGGGUGGUUUUCUUUUCUGCUUUCCAUUAACUAUAUCAAUUGAUCCUUAAACAAGUAUGGUUUUCUUUUCUGCUUUCCAUUAACUAUAUCAUUUGGAUCAGUGGACUCUUAGACCUAAAAGCUCAGUAUUAAGCAUGAAACUUUGCCUGGCCGUUGUUGGGGGCGCAUUUCUUUGUUGAUCGUAUGCUUAGCCAGCACCAACAUUAAGAGCAUGCAUGCAUUUACUAGUUUUUCAAAUUCCAUUACGUUUCUUCUGUGUGAAAGAGGAAAGAACCCGAUGGAAGUGGGGAUGUGUCUUUUCCAAUGUUGCAGCAAAUUGUAUUUUCUCACUACAUAUAGCAAGGGAAAGGCCAGUCGUUCAACUUUUUGGCUAAGUGGAUCUAUGAUCAUUAGCCAGAAAAAAUCAUCAGCAAAGAUGUAGUUUGGGCAUGGAUUUCGUACACUGGCUAUAAAACGGACCGUAGUCCACAUUGCAACAAGGAUCCAGUUACAAACACGUUCCAAAAUGACUUCCGAGUGGAUUAGAACAAACACAGACAAUGCUGUGGUCAGAGACAAUGUUGCGGUUGGGGGUUAGCCGGGGAACCAAGAUGACAGAAUAAGUAAUCAGCUUUGCUAAGGAGCGGUAGGGUGACAGUGAAUGUGAACCAAGAUGACGGCAUAAGUUAUCAGCUUUGCUAAGAAGCGGUAGGCUGACUGUGAAUGUCUUCAGCUGCGUAAAUUAAGAUCGCCAACUGGAAAUCGGUCUAAUUCGUCACCAAGUAAACAAACUCACUAACAAAUGUUGAUUUUACUUAUGUGUAUGGGUUGCAUGGUGUGUCAAUGUCCACGUUAGAAUUAUACAACUACUGUUGUUUUAAAGAAAUAGUCCAUAUCGAAUUUUGAAAUUUGUACUGAACUAAUAUUGUCAACUGGAAGUCGGUCUAAUUCGUCGCCAAAUAAACAAAGCUCGUUAGCAAAAUUUGAUUUUCACCUACCACG